UGACGCGUCGCCUUCCCUAUUCCGAAAUCGGAAACCGCGGUUUUUGCGGGUCUCCUUAUCGCACCCCCCCAGGGCUCAGCGUGAACCCCCCCCCCCCCCACCGACUUCGCCGCCCCCUGCAUGCCAUGAGUUGUGGUCCGGAGCGAGGAGGUAGAGGGAGCAGAAGGGAGCGGAGGGAAGCGCCACUGAGUCGGAGACCGUGAGCCGGGAGGGACCUCUCCUGCAGCACAGGGAGCAGUAACGAAGGGCAGCUAUGGCGGGGGAGCAGCAGCAGGAGCAGCAGGAGCAGCAGCAGGAGCAGCACAACGGCGUGGUGGAGGCUCAGCACGAGUCGCCGAGGACAGCCAUGUUUGUGUACAGCGGGGUUCUGUUCCCCAGCAACAUCCACAGCGCCGAGACCCUGGGCUACGCGCGCGAGUUCCCCGUGCGCCCCGAUGACCUCUUCGUGGUCACCUACCCCAAAUCAGGCACGACGUGGAUGCAGGAGAUCGUGACCCUGGUGUAUAGCGACGGGGACCUGGGCCCCGUGCAGACGGUGCCCAAUUGGGAACGGGUUCCCUGGCUGGAGCAGGACACGGGCAGGAAGCACCUGGAGCAUCGCGCCUCUCCCCGCCUCAUCACCACGCACCUGCCCUUCCAGCUGGCACCACGUGAGAUCGGCCAAGCCAAGGCCAAGGUCAUUUAUAUGGCGAGGAACCCCAGGGACAUCCUCGUGUCCUCCUACAACUUCCACAAGAUCGCCCACUUCCUGGAGGAGCCCGGCACCUGGGAGGAAUUCUACGACAAGUUCUGUAAAGGCAAAGUGCUGUUUGGCUCCUGGUUCGAGCACGUCAGGGGCUGGCUUGAGAACCGAGACAAGGUGGACCUCUUCCUCGUGUCCUACGAGGACCUGCACCGGGACUUGGAGGGGGUCGUGCGCCGACUGUGCCACUUCGUGGGCCGGGAGGCGAGCGACCGGCUCACGGAGGUUGUCGCCGCCCACUGCCGCUUCUCCAGCAUGAAGGAGAGCCGCAUGGUCAACUACUCGCUCGUCCCCGAGCAGUGGAUCGACCACAAGCACGGCAGCUUCAUGCGCAAGGGAGUGGUCGGCGACUGGAAGACUCAGUUCACGGUGGCUCAGAGCGAGCACUUUGACGAGCUGUACGAGGAGCGGAUGCGGGGAGUGAUAAUGAGCACCUCGUCAGAGACCCUGGAGCCGUGACACGUCACGGGGGGUGAGGGGUGCCACGUGGCCCAGUGGUACACCCAGGAAAAAAGAAACCGUUCAGAGGCAGAAAAUUAUUGCCAAGGAAUUAUAGGAUAUAUGCUGAGUUUUCAUCGUCUAAUAUUAAAUUCACUGUAUCGAACUUUAAAUAUGCAUAAAUAAUUAUGAAGUUUUUUACAAUUUAAAAUUUCAAAAAUAAAAAAUGGUCUGAUAUACAAUGGCCAUCCAUUGAUUUUAAACAGAUUAAUAUAGUGGCCUCUCAAGGCUGGAGGGCUCCUAUAACAGGUCCCUGCAAGGUGGGCUGGUAGGAACAUUGGAAUUUUGCGCAAUUUUAUGACAUUGUUACGUAAAAUUGUGCAAAUUGAGAGCGUCUUCCCACCUUUCUGCCCUCAAAAUCGUUGAGGGUUCUUCAGACAAAUUAACCUCGGUAGAGGAAUGGAAUGGUGAAGUCCUUAUUGACUGAAAUCUGCUCAUUUUGGAGCAAUGUAUCAUAAAAUCGUUAAGGGCUGGGCCGAAAAAUGACAACAAUUGCAUUUUAAAAUGAGGAAUUGUUUCCCGGUAUACGGUAGUAUGGGGCUUUUGAAAGGGGACGGACGGACGGACACAUUAAUCUAUUGCAGGCUGGUACACUCAGUUUACAACUUCGUUCCUACCAGUAAUAAACUAUAUCAAUUGCUGAGUCAACAUAUUGUUCCAUGCCUACUGUUUAGCUUAACCAUCCUGAUGGGAACAUAAAUUGUCAAGAAUGUUACCAUUACGAUGUGUUUAGCACAUACUCUAUUGAUUCCUAUCAUUGGUAUAUUAAACUGUCCAGUGCUUGGUGUGGCAUAAACGGGUUGACUCGCAAUUAGUUUGUGUGAAGCGGUGACGUUGAUGGAAAGAGUUGAUUGUUGCUUCACGAACUCCUUGCAGCACAAUUCAGUAACCGGUUGCACGGAAUAUUAAAAUUGUCUCUUGAACAGUU